UCAAAUCGUUACCGCGUUUAUUCUCUCUGUUCGGCGGGGAAUUUUAAUAAUUGAAACACAGCUCUGGGUAAAACUCGUUUCCCUUUAUCUACGGUCACGGUAGUAAUCGUUCGCAACCCAUACGAACUCUGCAGACAGUAAAAAACUUUUGUUUGCAACUACUUUAAUUUCCCGCAAACACACGUAAUUUUGUAGAAUCAUUUUCGUACGUAAUUCGCAACGCUAAAAUCUUUUUAGAGGUGACGAUAAUAAAGAUCGUUUUUUUAAGGAUUUAAUUGUAAAUGGUAUAGCAAAUUAACAAAUGGAGGGCUUCCUAAAAAGACGAUCCCGUACAAGAAAAUAACCAAUUGCUCAAAUUGUUUCUAAAUUAUCAGUUUUUCAAUAUUAGCUACGUUUGAAUUGACAAUUAGACUGCGAAUAUUUUCGUAUUUACACAAAAUCUAACAGUGCGAUAAUGCAUACAACGUGAGAAAAUAUAUCAAAUAUUUCAAGCAGAACACACGUGAGUGUGUAACUUCCAAUAAGUGAAACAAACCUCUAUUUAGAUUCUAUUUCUUCACUUGUAUUCGUCAAAAUAUAGAUGUGCAUAAGAAUCUACAAUAAUUAUAAUAUAUUAAAAGUUCCACGAUAAUUCAACUGUUUCACUAGAAAAUAUACUCGACAUGUAUAUACACUAGACAUAUAAUUUUUCAAAAAUCUCCUGAAAUCUUAAAACAAAGCUCCUCCAUCGCUUCAACGCAACACAGGCAGUUCCUGGAAAGUUGAACGGGGUAAUUUCAACCACUUUACCCCGUGCAAUACAAUCGUUCAAUAACUGCAAUUUAAUGCUGAAUACGCAAACAGAUUACACACAUACGCAAGCGCAGCGUAUCGAAUCAAGCCCAAUUCUUAUUUGACUCUACGCUUAUCUGGUCAGUCAUGUCAAAGUGUUCAGCCAUGAAAAAAACAUCUCAACUAACAAAGAGGGAAGAGGAUAUGAAAUACGCCACGAGAUACGUGAAACCAAUUUUAGGAGCAAUUGGUGCGUGGCCCGUUUCAUUUUCCCCUUCCUUCACGUCGAAAAUUUUAUUAAGAAUAGAACAUAUUCUCACGUACUUCCUAUUUUUCUUAAUAAUUAUACCAACCAUCAUGUACGUGUUUUUCAAAGAGAAAAACAACAAGAUUAGACUGAAACUUAUGGGGCCGAUUAUUAACUGCACUAUGCAGUUCUGCAAAUAUACGAUCCUUCUGUGGCGGGCAAGCGAAGUUCAAAAAGGUUUGGAUGUGAUGAAACAGGACUGGAUAACAGCCACGGACGAGAAUCGAUUGAUUUUUCGCUCGAAAGCGAAAAUCGCGAGAAGAGUGGUGCUAACCGCUGCAAUUACUAUGUACGGAGGUGGUUUAUGCUACAGGACGAUCCUCCCUCUUCUUAAAGGAUCUAUCGUCACUCCUGACAAUAUUACUAUAAGACCAUUGCCCUGUCCGAGUUAUUUCGUAAUACUCGACGAACAAAAAUCUCCAAAUUACGAAAUAUUGUUUCUAGUGCAAAUUUUGGCUGGAUUUGUUAUUUACGCAGUUAUUAGUGGUUCUUGCGGUCUUUCUGCUCUUUUUGUUCUGCAUGCGUGUAGCAUGCUGAGGAUCUUGGUGGACAAGAUGAAGGCUCUGGUGGAUUUGAGGGACAUGUCUGACACGAUGGUCCAACGGAGGAUCAUGGAUAUCGUUGAAUAUCAGACGAAAAUAAAGAGAUUUUUAAAGAACAUUGAAACAAUUACAGAGUACAUUUGUCUAACGGAAAUGAUGGGUGGUACGUGUUUAGUUUGUCUCGUGGGAUAUUAUAUUCUCAUGGAAUGGGAGAAUAAUAACAUCGCGGCUGUACUGAUUUAUGUCACGUUACAAAUAUCCUGUACCUUCUGUGUCUUUAUACUCUGUUACAUUGGUCAACUUCUUAUUGAUGAAAACCAGAUUGUAGGACAGGCAUCAUGCAUGAUCAAUUGGUAUCAUCUCUCGACCAAACAUAUGCGUUCUUUAAUACUAAUUAUCGCUAUGUCUAAUUAUCCGAUGAAAUUGAUGGCUGGUAAGAUGAUUGAAAUGUCUCUAGCUACUUUUACCGGCGUCAUGAAAUUGUCAAUGGGAUAUUUAAACAUUCUACGCGAAGUUAUCUAAAAACCUUUUUACGAUACUUACGAUAUAUCCAUAUGAACU